UUCCUUCUACCCUUUUGACGAACACGUCGCCUCCGACCACCGGGGCCUGUGGAUCGACUUUGACUUGAACAGUCUCCUCGGCGGACACCAACCUACGAAAUCCACCCAUGUUCCACGCCGGCUGGUGAUGCACAACAAACGGGUGGUCCAACAAUAUGUCCAAUUGGCGGAGCAGGGUUAUAUGCGGUACAAUAUUCCGGGUCGUCUCUCUACCCUAGGAUUCGAUGUUGCCCGACAGCAGGGCGUCAUCACCAAAUCCCAGGCGGUCAGAUUCGAUCGGAUACACGGCAUGGAAGACCCCGUGGAGAUUCUCGAGGGCACUCUCCACAUCGACAUCCACGCCAAACAUGUUCGUGACGUGGAUGAUGGCCUUUCUGUGAUCGGUUACCUUGACGAUUGGAACGAGAGUCAGGCCCAGCUCCAGACCGCUCUCCAGACCAUCGAGAUCAUUACUGACGAGAAGAACAGUUUGAACCGGGACCUACAGUCUGUUCGUGACGAAUUGGAGGCAAUGAAGGCCGCCCACGAGACUGCUGCAACUAUGACAGAGUUGUCUAAAACUGUUAGGCCUGUUCCGAUGCUCACAGUGGACGUCCCUACAGGUCCACCAGGCCAGACACGUGUCAGCACUACUACGCUACUCAGUCCCUUGGGUCAUGGCAGUGCUACACCGGCGACGGCUCAUGAAACGGACGGAGAAGAUGGGGAGGACCAACCCAAUGCUUCCUUCUACCCUUUUGACGAACACGUCGCCUCCGACCACCGGGGCCUGUGGAUCGACUUUGACUUGAACAGUCUCCUCGGCGGACACCAACCUACGAAAUCCACCCAUGUUCCACGCCGGCUGGUGAUGCACAACAAACGGGUGGUCCAACAAUAUGUCCAAUUGGCGGAGCAGGGUUAUAUGCGGUACAAUAUUCCGGGUCGUCUCUCUACCCUAGGAUUCGAUGUUGCCCGACAGCAGGGCGUCAUCACCAAAUCCCAGGCGGUCAGAUUCGAUCGGAUACACGGCAUGGAAGACCCCGUGGAGAUUCUCGAGGGCACUCUCCACAUCGACAUCCACGCCAAACAUGUUCGUGACGUGGAUGAUGGCCUUUCUGUGAUCGGUUACCUUGACGAUUGGAACGAGAGUCAGGCCCAGCUCCAGACCGCUCUCCAGACCAUCGAGAUCAUUACUGACGAGAAGAACAGUUUGAACCGGGACCUACAGUCUGUUCGUGACGAAUUGGAGGCAAUGAAGGCCGCCCACGAGACUGCUGCAACUAUGACAGAGUUGUCUAAAACUGUUAGGCCUGUUCCGAUGCUCACAGUGGACGUCCCUACAGGUCCACCAGGCCAGACACGUGUCAGCACUACUACGCUACUCAGUCCCUUGGGUCAUGGCAGUGCUACACCGGCGACGGCUCAUGAAACGGACGGAGAAGAUGGGGAGGACCAACCCAAUGCUUCCUUCUACCCUUUUGACGAACACGUCGCCUCCGACCACCGGGGCCUGUGGAUCGACUUUGACUUGAACAGUCUCCUCGGCGGACACCAACCUACGAAAUCCACCCAUGUUCCACGCCGGCUGGUGAUGCACAACAAACGGGUGGUCCAACAAUAUGUCCAAUUGGCGGAGCAGGGUUAUAUGCGGUACAAUAUUCCGGGUCGUCUCUCUACCCUAGGAUUCGAUGUUGCCCGACAGCAGGGCGUCAUCACCAAAUCCCAGGCGGUCAGAUUCGAUCGGAUACACGGCAUGGAAGACCCCGUGGAGAUUCUCGAGGGCACUCUCCACAUCGACAUCCACGCCAAACAUGUUCGUGACGUGGAUGAUGGCCUUUCUGUGAUCGGUUACCUUGACGAUUGGAACGAGAGUCAGGCCCAGCUCCAGACCGCUCUCCAGACCAUCGAGAUCAUUACUGACGAGAAGAACAGUUUGAACCGGGACCUACAGUCUGUUCGUGACGAAUUGGAGGCAAUGAAGGCCGCCCACGAGACUGCUGCAACUAUGACAGAGUUGUCUAAAACUGUUAGGCCUGUUCCGAUGCUCACAGUGGACGUCCCUACAGGUCCACCAGGCCAGACACGUGUCAGCACUACUACGCUACUCAGUCCCUUGGGUCAUGGCAGUGCUACACCGGCGACGGCUCAUGAAACGGACGGAGAAGAUGGGGAGGACCAACCCAGUGCGUCCUCUCCUAUGGACACCGGUCGUGGGGGUAUCAGUACCCCCACGACGGGUCCAUGA